AUGGAUCGUCCAUUCCUUCGUUUAGCCCCAAUUAAAGUUGAAAUAAUUCGAUUCGAACCUUUAGCUGUUAUAUUUCGUAAUAUUAUUGCUGAUCAAGAAAUUGAAAUAUUAAAACAGUUAUCUAAGCCAAAACUUAGACAAGCGAAAGUUCAGGACCCAAAAACUGGAAAUCCAAUGACGGCUUCCUAUAGAAUUAGUAAAAGUGCUUGGCUAAGAAAUAAUGAAAAUCCAACGACAGAAUUAUUAGAUAAACGUAUAGGAAUGAUGACAAGUUUAGAUAUGGGAAGGACUGAACAGUUACAGAUUGGAAAUUAUGGAAUUGGUGGACAUUAUGAAUCCCAUUAUGACUUUGCUUUGGAGAAUGAAGCAAUAACAGAGACAUCUAUUAAUUCAAUUUCUAAUGGAAAUAGAAUUGGAACAGUUCUUUUUUAUUUAAGUACACCAGAAAAGGGCGGAUAUACAGUUUUUACUGAUUUAAAAACUGUAGCUAAACCAACUAAAAAUGAUGCUCUUUUUUGGUAUAAUUUGUGGAGAAGUGGAAAAGGUGAUAUGAGAACGAGGCAUGCUGCUUGUCCUGUUUUGCUUGGUGAUAAAUGGGUUUCGAAUUCUUGGUUACACGAAAGAGGACAGGAAUUUGUCCGUCCUUGUGGUUUAGAUCCAUCAAUACAAGAACGCUAUGUUGGUGAUUUGGGAGGUCCAGAGCCCCGAAAAUAUCCAAAUAUAUCACCAUAUUGA